AUAUCAAUAGUUCAGCUGCAUCACUAUCAUCUUCUCUCCCACGCUAACACGUCACCUUCGCUAUUGCUUCACCUUCCUACCGCAGCCUCUCACUCCGGCGAAUACCUAUCCAUAAUUUCCACCGUAGUUGCCGUAUAUUCCACCGCCGGCGAAUCUCACUUGUCAAGCAUUUUUUUUAUUCAUAAAAAAAUAAAGUAGAGUAUAUUAUAUAUACUUUCCGUUUCUCUAAAUUACCGUUUCGAAUUCUUAUAUAAAAAAACGAGGAAAUUGUGACCUCUGAAAGCUGUUGCACUGUUUUCUUCUGCUGUUUCUUUAGGAACGCAUUUUUUUUGUGUGAAGUUAUUUUGGAGGAGAUAUAAAUUUGGGGAGUUUAGAGAAUGGAGGUGAUUGAGUACUGGCUUGUGUUUCUCUAACAUUUAAGUUUUGAGUUUUUUUAGGCUUUCUAGGGUUACACAGUUGGUGGAGUUGUUUUUUUUUGGGGAGGAGAAGGUGAAUGGCGGUGGAGUAUACAUGUUGCGAGACAGGGUUCUUCAUACAUAUUGUGAUAAUUGUUUUUCUGGUACUUUUCGCUGGGUUGAUGUCUGGCCUUACGCUAGGGCUCAUGUCGCUCAGUCUAGUUGAUCUGGAAGUCCUUGCCAAGUCUGGAACUCCAAUUGAUCGUAAAAAUGCUGAGAAGAUCUUGCCUGUUGUUAAAAAGCAGCAUCUAUUGCUUUGCACUCUGCUUAUUUGCAAUGCUGCUGCUAUGGAGGCACUUCCCAUAUUUCUAGACGGCCUAGUUACUGCUUGGGGUGCUAUACUGAUUUCUGUCACGUUGAUACUUCUGUUUGGUGAGAUCAUACCACAAUCACUUUGCUCAAGAUAUGGACUUGCAAUCGGUGCAGCUACAGCCCCAAUUGUCCGUGUUCUUGUUUGCAUCUGUUUUCCUAUUGCAUAUCCAAUAAGCAAGCUGUUGGACUUUCUGCUGGGACAUGGAAAUAGAGCUCUUUUCCGACGAGCUGAGUUGAAAACUCUAGUAAAUUUGCAUGGGAAUGAGGCUGGUAAAGGCGGAGAGCUUACACAUGAUGAGACAACGAUAAUUGCUGGUGCUCUUGAGCUGCAUGACAAGACAGCUAGUGAUGCGAUGACCCCGAUAUCUGAAAUCUUUGCCAUUGAUAUUAAUGCGAAGCUGGACAGGAAUCUGAUGAACUUGAUUUUGGAGAAAGGGCAUAGCAGGAUACCAGUCUACUAUGACCAACCUACAAACAUAAUAGGGUUAAUUCUGGUUAAGAACUUGUUGACUGUCCAUCCUGAAGAUGGAACUCCUGUGAAGAAUGUUACCAUCCGAAGAAUCCCAAGGGUCCCAGAUUCUAUGCAUUUGGAUGACAUCCUGAAUGAGUUUCAGAAAGGUCAUAGCCAUAUGGCUGUGGUAGUAAGACAGUGCAAAGAUGAUAUGGAUCAGCCUGCUAGCAAAUCCCCUGCAGAGACUCCCGUGAAAGAUGUCAGGGUAGACAUUGAUGGUGAAAAGCCUCCCCUCGAGAAGAGUCUUAAGACAAAACGAUCAUUGCAGAAGUGGAAGAGUUUCCCUAACAAUGGAAAUGCUUCAUUCAAAAGUACUAGGAGCAAAAAGUGGACGAAAAAUAUGUAUGCGGACAUUCUGCCAAUAGAUGGAAAUCCCCUGCCAAAACUCCCAGAAGAGGAAGAGGUUGUUGGAAUAAUAACUAUGGAAGAUGUUAUUGAAGAGCUUUUACAGGAGGAAAUCUUUGAUGAGACGGAUCACCAUGAGGAGGUUUCAUGAUCGUAGUUAUGGCAUACACAAUGUAUAAUUAGAAUUUUUUGAUGUCUUAUUAUAAAAAAUGUAUUUUGCUAGACUUCAGAACAAGUAUAGUAUAACAUUCUAGACAUUAUGUACAAGACUUUUGUCUACCGAAGAGAGACGUAGCCUCAAAAAGGUUCUUUCACAGGAAUGUGUAACUUGUUUUUAA